CCCAUCUUCAAUAUUCGCGUAUAGAUAGCUAGCUACCUACCUAGGUGGAUUAACACUGGAGGCUGCAACACAUACCUAUCUACCUAUCCGCAUUUCCCCAACAACCAACGAUCAUGGCGCAAAGCCAGAAACCGCGAAGUUUCCAGUGUGAUUGCAAUUUGCCAUUUGAGAGCCGGAAAUUGCUUGGUGAGCAUGUCGAGCAAACAGGUCACAUGGAAACAAAAUGGUGCGCGGUGUGCAACCAACCGUUCUUUUCAGAGAAGGCUCUCACGCAGCACAUGAAAGAUGCCCCGAAACACAAGGUCAACCGUCCUCUCCGUGGCAGCGCUUCGAAUACGAAUUCGCAGAGAAACGCCUCCGGUACUUCCUUAAGCAAUUCUAAAGGUCCUCAAAGGAAACCCUCGAAGGCUGCUGCUGCCAAAGACAUUCCAGAUAGUAGCCUAGCAGUUCAAGCGCCUUCGACAAUAACUAUUCCUAGGCGGUCUAAGAGACUUAUGCAAGCUGCAAAUGCUUCUACGGCUACUCCAAAUACCAGUCCCGCAGUGCAAAAUACCGUGACGCUGGUUGCCACUGCCUCUACCACCCCAACGCAAACCGUGGCUAUGGUACCUAGCUCUCCCUUAGAUGAAUAUCCAUGGGCAUCAAGACGAACUCGCCCUGGUUUACUGAAGACAUUGACGGCACGCUGCCAUAGUGAAGGCAUAUUGGUAGAAUAUGGCUACUACACAGGCGGCCGGGCUGAACAAAAGCGGAUCAAAGCCAACCCCAACACCUUCCUCUCGACGCCAGCCAGAACCAAUAAUGGAGUGGCCAAGCACAAGGCCAUCGCCAUCGACUGCGAGAUGGUCGGAGUCGCGGGCGGCCGGGAGGAGCUCGCCCUCCUCUGCGCCGUCGACGUGCUCACGGGUGCAGUGCUCAUCAACUCCUUCGUGUACCCGAUCGAGACUGUCAAGGACUGGCGUACUAAGUAUAGCGGUGUAUCGAAGCGGGCGAUGACCGAGGCCCACCUCCGCGGCGAGACCCUCAACGGCUGGCCCGAGGCGCGGGACCGUCUCUUCCGCUUCGCUGACGCCGACACUGUGCUAAUCGGCCACGCGCUCCACGGCGACCUAAAGGUCCUUCGCGUCGUGCACAAGCGCGUCAUCGACUCCUCGAUCCUCGUCGGCGAAGCUGUUUUCGGGAAAGGUAACAAGAUAGGGCGGCAGUGGGGCCUCCAGACGCUGUGCCGCGAGCUCCUGGGGGCGGCGAUACAGGUGUCGAAGAAGAAGGGCCACGUCUGCCUCGAGGACACGCUGGCGACGCGGGAGAUCGUGCUGUGGUGUCUGACGGAACGCGAGCGACUGGAGGUCUGGGCGAAGCAAGCGCUGGUCCAGUAUAAGAUCGAUAAGGAGAAGAGGGAGCAGCAGCAGCGGGAGAAGGAGAGGGAGAGGCGGGAGAAGGAGGAGAGGAAGCGGAAGGAGGAGGAAAAAUUAAAGAGGUGGGAGGGUCAAGAACGGGAGAGAGUGAGGCGGGAGGAGGAGAAGAGAGUGGAGCAGCAGCGAGAAGAUGAGUACUAUCACUGGGGUCCUGCAUACAACAUCGCAAACGUUGGUUCUAACUAGGAAGCCGUCCUAUUACGAAUAGCUUGAGCUACCUCAAAUUAGCAUUUACUUCCAGCGCGGGUAUACGGAUGGACUUUCUAGGAGACUCCUGCAAUAUUGGGUGGAAGUCAUGGCGAGUCUUAUAAUGGUUUAAGGGCUUCGACUCAUGGUUAGGUAACUAGCGUUAUUUCCUUCACAAUGGCUUA